AUGGCGUUCUCUCGUUUUCUCCCUAUGGGCGACGAAGGCGUUCAAUUGAUUGUCCAAUUGGUUUCCAUGUGUGGAAGAUCUGAGCCAGUGUUAGAUGAUACUUCGAAGAUCAGAGUCAUCCACUAUCUCUUCCUUACCGUUCGUGUUCUUCCUCCUCAGGCUCAACCAUGUUUGGUUUCGUUUCUAAUCUCGCGUCGGAGGCUAGAAGAAGAGUUUAGAAGCUAUGGAGGGAGACUAGAUUCACGGAGAGAGGAGAAGAGUUUCGAAGCAAUGGAGGAGGUCUCUAUCUCUCUCACUUCUCUCGCUCACGAACAGUGGGAAGAGAAGCUUAAGAUGUCUCACUUAGCUGAAAUGGUGUUUGGAGAGAAUGCGUUAGUACUUAAACACUUAGGCAGCAACACUAAGAUUCAUUUUAACGGGUUUGAUGCACUUGCGGGUUGGAAGCAAGAAGGACUUACACCUGUUGAGGUUCCUGCUGCCGCAAAAUGGAAGUUCAGGAGCAAGCCGUCCCAGCAGGUGAUACUGGAUUAUGAUUACACUUUUACUACGCCUUACUGUGGUAGCGGAGUUGUUGAGAAAGAUCAAGAAACGGUAGUUUUGUAUGAAGAUGAACUGGCUGCCAAUGGAGUGUCACUUCUGACUGUGAAAGUGGCGAGAUUGACCACAGAGCUCAAGGAUAAAGUCGCUCACGUUGGUGCCAGUCUUGUCAAUGAAUGUGCAAGUGAUGAAUAUGGAUUAUAG